AUGAGACCCAAGGCGGCGGCCGGAGCCCGGGAGGCGCGCGGGCGCGUCUGUCAUUGCCCCGCGGAUGGUGCCCGGAGGCCACCACCGCCGCGCGGGCCCGAGAGCCCCACACCGUGGAGACCUUGGAUCCUCACAUCCCAAGAAGCUGAGCUGACCAGAACUGGAAGCCGGCUUGAACCUGGAGGUGACCAACAAACUCCGGGAUCAAAGGGGGCCUUUGGGUUUCAGCAUCCUGUAAGACUUUAUUUACCCAUUUCAAAGCGCCAAGAGUAUCUGCAAAGUUCUGGGGAAAAAGUGCUGGCCAGUUUCCCAGUGCAAGCCACAAUCCACUUCUACAACGACGAGUCCGAUUCCGAUGAUGACGAGCAAGAGGCGGAAAACCAGACUUCCCACCUUCAGCGCCGGGAGAUGCAAGGUCCGGCGGAGAACAGCCCGGGAGGGACGGGCAGAGGUGCGCCGACAAACCCAGGAUGGAGUUCUGUAGGACACAAUGGCCUCGGUGGGAAGGGUCCACUCCCUCAUGGUGACCCUCCGGAGGGCACAGACCCUGCCUCACCCAAAUAAAUGGGGUCUCCCUCCCCCACACCAGACCUGGCUCACAUGCGCUCUGGGGGACAGCUGUGCAUUUCCCCUGGUGUACGGGGGUCGGUGACUGUCUCUGACCAGCACUCCAGUCACAGCAAGAACUUGGCUUGUAACUUUCCUGCUCCUGGUGAUUCUCUUCAGGGCACUCAUGCACACCAUUGGAAAAGGUUUCUAGAACCAGGAGGUUUGUGUUAACAUGGGUUGUCAUCAGAUGGGACCAAAUUUCAAAGC